CAUAGUGUUGACAUAAAGCCCUGUAAUGAACAGGAUUGUACUGGGAGACCAGGAAAACGAUUAAAAGAAAGCACAGGUAUCAUAGUAGGAGGUAGAGAGGUGAAACCUGCACAUAAUUUCCCAUGGAUGGUAUUUAUUGAUUCAGAAGGGUGUGGGGCAACACUUAUUUCCCCGAAACAUAUUCUUACAGCAGCUCAUUGCGUGGAGAAAAUUAGAAGUAUAACUCUAAAGACUGGAAAGCAUGAUAGGACAAAGACAGAACUGAGUGAACAAACCAGAGAAGUGAAGAAAAACAAUAUCAUUAUGCACAAGGACUAUGAUGGUUAUGAAAAUGAUAUUGCUAUCAUCAUUGUUAACCCACCAAUUGAGUUAAAUAACUAUACACAACCGAUCGUGUUGCCAACAAACCCUAUAUUCAAUGACAAUACCUUGAAAAAGAAACAAUGCCAUAUUGCUGGCUGGGGCAGAACAGCUUUUGAUAAUUGGGAAGGCUCAAAUGUUCUCCUUCAUGUAACCAUUAAGAAAGAGGCCUGCAGACUUAAAAGGAAAGACUUGAAACUGAUCACUGAUAAUAUGUUCUGUGCAAGUAAAGUAGACAAGGAUGCAUGUUUUGGAGAUUCUGGAGGGCCAUUCAUGUGUAGAGAUGCAGAAACGCAGAUAUGGACUCAAUAUGGGAUUGUUAGUUGGGGUCCGGCAAAAUCAUGUGGAGAAAAGUCUGGGGUAUAUACAAAAGUUACCAACU